AUGUUGAAGUCGUUGCUUAUCGAGCAAAGUUUAGAGAACAGAGGCAUCGACAAACUCGCCUAUGUUAUUAUGCGAGAUAUGAUCCAACAUCUGAAGCAAUUUAACAAGCCUGGUCGGUCUCAAGAGGCCAGGACACCACCUGGAAAAGAGCCAAUCUCUAGUCCUCAGCAACUUGCGGCAUACACUAGUUGGGCCAUGUUCGUCUCUACUACCGCUGCAACUUUUGCGGUUCGCAACCGGCCUGUGAUGGAACCUCCUAUCAACUGGCAGGCUCGUCUCUGCCAAGGGGAACCGGCCGACGUAUGGUCACCCUACCCCCGUGUUAGUCCUUUAGUAGUUGCCCAUCCCAGUUGCUAUCUGCAUCACCUGAGCGGCUGGUACGAAAUCUGCUACCACAUCAGUCAGUGUGUUUUCGUCGACGACACUGCGAAGAUCAACCCCGUCGCGCGUGACAGUCUGGAAGAGCUUCAUCGUGACUUAACGACUUGGUAUAACAAUCUUUCGGACUGUGUCCAAGUUACGGGAGUCCAGACACCCCAUACUUUGAGCGUACAUGCCCAGUAUCAUUGGGCUGUGUUGGUAUUAUCAGAACUGACAUUAACACUAGAGGCGGAGGAUGACGACGACGCAACUCUCGCUCUUCUCUUCCCUGUUGUACGAACGCAAAACAUGACCUCAGCCCUGGCCAUAGCCGACCUUGUCCACCUUCAGUCCGUGUACUGGGGCGUCGACCAUAUACCCUUCAGCUUUCUCCAACCAGUCAACGCGGCCUUGUCUGUCGUCGUCAACGAUCUCGACGGCGAUCAGUGCAAAUCGUCAUUUGUUAAACUGGCUGUAGCCUUGCACGGUUUGUCUCGCCGUUCGGUUUCCGCGGAGAGCAUGUUGCGUGUUUUACAUCUCAAACUACGUCAACUGCAGCUUAUGUCGUCGAACAAUUUUAAAACCAUGUUCAAAGACACCGAUAUCCAGUUUGAAGGCAGUAUUUCUUCACCUUCUAUUGGUGUGAAGCCUGCAGGUAAAGCUGCGACAGCAUUUGGUGCCGGCCCGAUGGCGGAAUCUUAUGAGGCAUUGGUGGAAAAAUGGAGCCAAUUUCAUACUAGAGCUCCAUCUUCUUCAGAUUCAUCGUCCAGCUAGCAGAACGACUAACGAUUUAUCGACAUACAAGAACUACACGGUGGGUCUAACGACUGGCUGCAUCGUACGAUAGAGAUAUCGGAAGUUUUAAAGCGACUGCUCCCUAAGAUAGAGACACUCUUAAGGAAUAUGGAUAAACCCCUUCAAAUAUGAAAUGGCAGGAAUCGGAGUGGUGAAUUGAUCCAGGUUUGUCUGUAGAGCCUGCGAAGUAUAAGCCUAAGAGGUGGAUUGCGAUCAG